AUGAAAUAAAAAUGGUUUGAUCCAGUUGUAUUGAUAGCAAAGCCUAAUCGCGCAGUUGUUUGUUUUGACCACAAGCAGCAGCAGCGCGUAGCAAAGGUAGAUACGGGCGAGAAACGAGAGGCGCGGAAUCGUAUAACGGUUACGUUUUUAACCUUCAUCGCAUCUUCAUAGCCUACCGCCAUGGCUCUGUGCACUAGCAUCGGAGCCUUGGCGUUACCUAGCGAGCUCAUCGUUCACAUAUUCUCCUUCCUAUCGGACCGUGAAAAGCUCCGGGCCUCGGCCGUGUGCUCCCGCUGGAGGGAGUGUCUCUUCUACCCUGCGCUGUGGACCGAGCUCAAGCUGCGAGUCGGCGGAGGAACCAACGGAGGCGGCUCUGGAUCAGAACAAACCCCGCGGUUAGAGUUCCUCAUGCGGAAGUUCGGCUCGUUUGUGCGUGAGCUGCGCCUGGAGUUCGCCCCGGUGGACGGGUAUUUAAGUCCCCUGAACGGCGGAACGGAGUCCGUCGAGAGCGACUCGCAGUUCGCGGAGCGCUGGAAGGAUGCGAUGGUGACAUAUUUGGAUCAGGUGUUGUGUGUGCUCGGCGGUUUGCAUAAUAACAGAAAUCUCCAGACAUUGAGUUUGUAUGGUGACACGUGCAUUCUGCAAGAUGAUGGCAUUUUGGACAGCUCCUACCUCAACCAGGUUGACCAAGGGGGCAAGAAAAUAAAAGAAAUCCAGCAGCUCUUCGAAGAGAUCCUGUCCAACAGCAGGCAGAUGAAGUGGUUGUCGUCUGCGUUCAUGCUCGGCGUGGUGACCCCCUGCUCGCUGGCCUCUCUCUCUAAUGCCAGCACCAGCUCUCUCGAGCACCUCAGCCUGCUAGAUAACCAGCUGCCCAGCCUGGUGUCCACGGUCGAGCUGGAGAGGCUCGUUCACCUACGCUCUUUGUCUCUGGACUUCUGCGACUUCACCUCCGACAUGUGCCGUCUCCUUGCCUCCGCUGACCGAGCUCCUCUCCAUCGCCUCUCCCUCCUGCUCAACGGCACUGCUUUAGAUGUCAAGCCUUUGGACGGUAUGACCACCGAAGAGGAUUGGAAAGCCCUGGUCCGCUGCAGCACAAACCUGCGCGUCUACAUCAUGACUAUGGACGUUUGCAACCAGGAUCUUCUGCGCGUUCUAAAGCCCAGCAUUCCCCUCGAGAGGAUCCACCUGGACAGCUACAGCACGCUGGUGACGGAUGGUGUCGUGGAGCUCAUCUCCCAGCAGUACCACAGAACCCUCACCCACUUCAUCUUGAUGAGAGACGAUGCCGGAUUUCCGGAUCUCAGCGUCAAUCGCAACGAGGACCCGCUGGUUCUGCUCGCCUGGCGCUGUGUGCACCUUGCUGUCUUGAUCAUCCAUGGUUACACCGUGUGGUCCCACAACCUCGUGGCCAUUUCUCGCCUGCGUGGCUCCAACCUCAAAGUCCUGGAGGUGUCCGAAGAGAGCAUCGACUUCGACCCAGACCAGUCGGUGUACAUCGAGGGCGACCCCGUCCACAAUCUGGUGAAGGAGGUGUCCUUGGGCUUGGACCGCGCCUGGCGUCCCUCCAUAGACAACAGCGUCGUCCUGAACGAGCCCACUCAGCACUUCCACCGUGAGAUGCAGAGCUUCAGCGCCGGCAUGUAGACGCACCGGGGCCGAACGGCCCAAAAACCUUUUCUAACCCUGUGCUUGGUGAUUGUUCACUAAAUGCGCCCUUUCUCAUUUUACAUAUUCUUUCUUUUCAUUGCUUUUUGAUUUUUUUGUUUUGUUUUCCUUGUAGUGUGAAUUAAUCCUUUAUAUGUGCUGUGUUUAAUCAGUAUUAGCUCUAUAUUUAUAUCUAUAUCUUAUCUAUAUCUAUAUAUCCUGCUUAUUACAAGAAGAGUGUAGUUGGGUAUUGGUUUAGUAGCUGAUCGAGUGAAUGGUAGAGAGGGGCUUUUUUAAGCUAGCUUAAAAGUUGUCGUUUAUCCUCUCGCUUUUCGUUCGUUUGUUGGUUUCCCCUAGAAAGCGUGGAGUUACGUCAAACUAUCAGUCGAUCCUUCUUGGCUUUCGAAAUGACGAAACGUUCUCGUUGACCUUUUGGGAGAUUAGUCUUCCGGCCGAGGGACGGGUUCUGAUCCACAGCUGCAGUUAGAUCCCUUCCUCUUUGUUCCUCUUUGUUUGUCGUUGUUAUUCGGAAUUGAGGAUAGGUGGAAACAACACGUUUGGGAUGUUACUCCCGCUGGUUUUUCUCAACCUGGAAGUGGAUGCGCCUCUGCCGGUGAAACCAAUCGUAGAGGUUUUCAGUCUGGUGUGUGACACCUGCAUGCUGACCGCCCUCCAGCACAAUAUCUGGGCCCAGCCAUAGGUGUGUGUGUGUGUGUGUUCUCUCCUUUUUCUGUGUUUUUGUUUUAAUGAAGUCUUUUCGUCUGUCUCAGGUAGGCAAAAAUUAUAUGGGAAGGAAAAUGAAGAUGAUGGUUCUAAUGUUUUGGUGAGAGUGAAAACAAUCAACUGUUCUGUCAGUUUUAAUUGUUCUUCUGGAGUCACAGUUGCCUUUCGAACUCCCCUUUAUUUAUUCUUGCUUGGUGUUUUUAGCCUUGGAUUCAAUCUGUUCGAUGUUUAAAUCGACCAUUUUUAUAGAGCGUCAUUUGUGCAUGAUUCCCAACCGAAGCGUACGGACGUGAGAGUAAUCCUCAUCGUGAAUGGAUUGAAUCCAGACUACAGUAUUUCAUCUGUGAAACAUUAGAUGGAGGGAGGCAGAUGUUUGCUUGUUCCAUAUCUCAGGAUUCCUGCACUUGCGGUACUUUUCCAGUCGAUAGCUUUUGUUAAAGCUCUUUGUUCAGAGGGUCGAUGGGCAAGAUGAUGUAGAUUUUUGAAGACGAGAAAGCUCUUCCAACAGAAUGCGCUUUAGAAGCUGCUGGUUUUUAUUUUCCCUAGUAUACUCUGUAAGAUUGAAAAUCUCAUUAUGUCGUUUGCUUUUACAUAUAUUGUCUGUUCGCGUUUUUAAGAAUCAAAGUGGAGAGAAGCUGCGGUCAAACUGAAGCCUUCCUGAAAGUGGCAGAAUCCCCCUCGUUCAAGAGCAUAUCGUUAUUUUAUUGAAGCGAUUUGUCGACGGUCAAAGUACUUUUUUACUUCUCUAACUCUAAGGCCUCAGAACUUCCAGUCUUUUGGUGGCAUAGACACGCGUUAUCAAAGCCAAACCUGGUUAGAAAUGUAAGCCAUCAUGCGCUCAAGACAAACGUAGAGCCAAAGUGAACCAUUACAGCGUGAACGAUCUCUAUAUGCAACCGUUUGAAGGGGUAACGUAGAAGUUAGCUUAUGAUCUUGUUAAGAUCAGUGGUCCAAAGAGAGGUUUUAAGCUGUUACCCAAUGACAUCCAACAGCUCUUGGCAUGUGAAGGCCUGCACAAAGAGUUUUGAUAAAUGUUAUUCUACACUUUAUAAAUGUGAAGAUUUAUUACAAGCUAUUAUGGUACCUAUGUCAACAACAGCUUUGAUUGUGUCCAGAAAGCAAAAGGGUCUGAUUUAAAUCUGUCACAGUUGUUAUUUUGCCCAUUUUAAAUAAACCAUGGUCUUAAAAAAUUGCUGUUUUCAGGCGUGUUGGCAUAGGUGCCAGAAAUGCUGGAAUGAGCGUUGGGAAUCUCUUACGUGAGUGCCAGUGGUGGGAUUCUGUAUAUUUCUUCAAAAGUCCCAUUUCUAUUUUAGUAGAGCACCAAAAAGAAUUGAACUAAGUGUGUACUUUAUUUAGAGCUUGUUGUAUAUUGAUUUUGCUCGGUGGUGGAUAAGGACUGGAAUGCAGGUCGGUCUUUCUUACAAACCGCUUAAGAGUUCAUACCGUGCCUACAAACCCAGAACAGGUUUCGUUUCGAACCCACGUCAUUUCCGCAUCCCUGCUUAAAUGAUUUCUAGGCAGCGUUUGACAAGCGAUACAAAGACAAAGCCUAUUUAAACCGUCAGUGUUUUCGUCUAGUUUUUUUCUGUGCGUGUGUAGUGUAAACGUUCAAAAAGUGCAUACAUUAGAGAAGGAGGUGUACGUUCAAUACAAAAAAGCACCACUUCUUCUGCAGUGAACAGGAAACGGCCUUUCUCAGGGUUUCUGUUAGACGUACGGAGGAAAAAGUCCAAUCGCUCAGGCCUCGCAUCAUGAAAGUUUCCACAGAGAAAUCAUCUUCUCAGCAGUCACUGGAUUUAACUUCUGUCAGCGCGUCUGUGCCAGCUGCCAAAGAUCACGGUGAUACAACGUCUUUUCGAAGUGCCCACAUGCUGGCAGAGGGCAGGGCCAAUGGUUGAUCGGCCAAGAUGUACUACUACUACUACUACUACUACUACUGCUUGUAUUGUAUUACGACAACUACUAUUUGAUAAAUGUACCAACGGAAGGGAGGUUGGACUUGAGCGGUGGUCCACAGCUGUGCUGUGACUUGGGUCAACAUGCGUUAGAUCUCUUUUGCACCUGUUUCACUGUGAAAAGUGAAUGUAAUUUAACUAUUGAAAAAUCAAGGUUGGUUCUAUCAGACCUAUAAGCUGCUAUGAGACGUGUUAGGAACAUUCCACUGGGGAGAUAAAAACGAAAAUGGCCAAAUGUCUGCAUGAACAGAUUAUUUUUUUACUCUUUUAUUCGCUUUCGUUCCGGUAGGGAUCUGGAAUCAGCGUACGACUGGUCCCGCAGUGAAAUUCGCGACGUCGUGGACACGGUCGGCUUAUUUUUUACUCUUGAACGAUUCGACCAGUCGCUUGUUACAACUCCGUUGGAUCCCACGGUUUUUGUUUUUAGUUUCCGAAGCGUUAUAUGCAUUUCACAAUCUCUCGUAGUACGGAGAAAGCUGUAUGUACAGAGGCUGCUAUGAACCCCGUCUGGGAAAAGUCGACGUUGUUACAAUUGCCUGUUAAAGCUUUUCCGUUAUCUAGCUUAAUGAUAAGUGAUAAACCUCACGCCAGCCUUCAGAGGGGUAAAAAGUGGAGUUUUGUUCGAUUCUCUUGUUUGGUAACUUUUUACGGUAAAACCAACAAUCCAAGAUACCACGUAUCCACUUUAGGUCAACACGGGCCUCUCUUUAUUUCUUUCUCUGGCUGGCUUACAGCAAAGUCAAAAACUAUGCAAAUGAAAUGCAUAUGAUCCAGUGGCUCUUAACUUGUUUUCCUUUUUCCUUUUGUUUUCUGUCACUCAACUAGAAAUAACCUAACUUGCAAUGAUACUUGGCCUUAUUAUUGUUAUUAAUAUUGUUUUAAGAUCUUGAUUCUUCGGAAGCCAACUCAGUUUCAGGGGCGACCGUGGGUUUCAGACAUGGUCUCUGUGAGACUGGCCAGCAGGCCCCAGUUAUAAGUGGUACGAAUGUUGUGCAUUUGUUUAAAAUCAGGACAGUUUGCAAUAAAAAAAAGUGGCCAUCAUGGGGCACGAGCAGUGCGAAGACCACGCUGCUACCUUGUAAACUUAACGGGGAGUUAACUAAGAUAACAUAACAUGCAUAUGCGUAUAUAUAUAUAUAUAUAUAUAUAAUGUAUAUCAACGUAUAUACUUUUAUGCAACACAUGUCCGGGUUCAAUUUAUGAACAUGAAAAAGUUUAUAAGCGUUGUUGUUUUGCAAAAGUGGUUUUACCAUCUUAAAUGUUUAAUAUUUGGGCAGGUGUGUUCUGUCUACUUUUUGUCUCUGGUGAGCACAUAGCAUUGGAUUUUAUAUGUACAUCUGCAAACAAGAAGUACUCUGGCACAGGUGUGAACAUGCCAGGUGGGAAGAUUUUUAAUGAGAAAUGUGAUCUUGAGGUUCCACGAUAAAGAAGGAAAAAUCGAUGAAAACUUAACUGACAGAGAUUGGGUAAACCAGCCGAAUGUUGAUUCGAAUUAAUGUUGAACGAAUGCAUUUUCUUUUAAUCGGUAAAUAAAGCAUUAAAAAACAA